ACAAACAUUACAAACGACAAUGAGUUGAGGAUCGUGAUGGUGGGGAAGACUGGAAUUGGGAAGAGCGCUUCUGGAAACACCAUUCUGGGUCGACCGUGCUUUCCGUCCAAAUGCAGUGCCAGAUCCAUGACCAUUUACUGCUCCAAAUGCUCCAGUAAUAUUGAUGGACAGCAGGUUGCUGUCAUUGAUACUCCAGGUCUGUUUGACACCAGGUUUGAGGGAGAUAAAACCAUUAAGGACCUGAAUCAGUGCAUCUGUUACGCUUCUCCUGGACCCCACAUCUUCCUGGUGGUCGUUGCACUGGGCAGAUUCACAGAAGAAGAAAAACAAUCAGUGCAAAAGAUUCAAAAAAUCUUUGGAGAGACAGCAGACAGAUACAGCAUGAUUCUGUUCACUCGUGGAGACGACCUUUGUGAUACCAUUGAGGAUUAUUUGUCUGGAAGCCCAGAGUUGCAGGAUCUGGUGUCCAGAUGUAACAACCAGUAUCAUGUCUUCAACAACAAGCUGAAAGAUAAGAAACCUCAGGUCACUGAGCUGCUGGAGAAGAUCAGAAUGAUUGUUGAUAGGAAUGGAGGAAGUCACUACACCAAUGAGAUGUUCCAAGAGGCUGAGAGGGAAAUCGAAGAGGAGAAACAACGAAUCCUGAAGGAGAAAGAAGAAGAAAUACGUAAAGAGAAAGAAGAAAUAGAGAGAAAAAUAGAAGAGAAGUAUCAGAAAUUGAUUCGGAGACUGGAGGAGCAAUUCCAGGCUGAGAGAGAUAGGGAAAAGAAAGAGAGAGAGGAAAGAGAAGAAGAGAGGAGGAGAGAGAAGCAGGAGAUGAAUGAGGAGAGGAGGAUGGAGAUGGAACAGGGAAGGAGGGAAAGAAAGGAGAUGGAUGAGGAAAGGAAGAGGGAGAGAAAGGAGAUGGAUGAGGAGAGGAAGAGGGAGAGAAAGGAGAUGGAUGAGGAGAGGAAGAGGGAGAAGGAAAAGAUGGAUGAGGAGAGGAAGAGGGAGAGAGAGGAGAUGGAUGAGCAGAGGAAGAGGGAGAAGGAGGAGAGGAAGAGGGAGAGAGAGGAGAUGGAUGA